UUAUUCCUCCUCAGUCCCCAAAUUCCAACAUCCAUUUCGCCAUGGCCGAAGAGAUGAACCUCCAAAACCAUAGCCCCGAAGUCAAAGAACCCACCCCAGAAAUCCGGAGACUUGACCCUGAAAAUGGCUUGAUCCAACCCGCCACCGCCCCAUUUUUCCGAGUCAAAAAGCUCUCUGACAAAGCAGUUUUGCCCUCUAGAGCUUCUCCCCUCUCUGCUGGCUAUGAUCUCUCCAGUGCUGCUGAAAUAAAAGUGCCCGCCCGAGGCAAAGCUUUGAUCCCGACUGAUUUGAGCAUUGCCGUCCCUGAAGGAACCUAUGCCCGUGUUGCGCCGCGGUCGGGAUUGACAUGGAAGAAUUCAAUUGAUGUUGGAGCUGGAGUGAUAGAUGCAGAUUACAGGGGUCCAGUUGGGGUGAUUUUGUUCAACCAUUCUGAUGUUGACUUUGAGGUGAAGCCCGGUGACAGAAUUGCACAGCUGAUUAUUGGGAAAAUUGUGACGCCGGAGGUGGAAGAAGUUGAUGAUCUGGAUACCACUGUCAGGGGAGCUGGAGGUUUUGGAUCAACUGGGGUUUAGAGCAUUCAGGAAUCCAGACAAGUAUUACUGAUGGUAGAUAAUGACUAGUAGGAAAAGGUGGUUUUCUUAUAUUAUUUUGUUUUAUAUUUGGUAUCAGGGAUUAAGGGUGAAGAUGGAUUGCUCUCCAAUAUUCUAUGGAAAAUCACAUGUUUAUCUAGUACUGUGGCUGCCUGUUCCUGAAGAGCUAGUAUGUUGUUCUUAGUUUUGGUUUAAGGUGAAUCUAGUAUGUCAUUCUUUUGAAAUGUUGUUUUGUGGAUAUUAAACAGUUUCCAUCCAUUUGGUGAAUGGAUGGUCUUGAACAUAAUUGACCAGGGUAACAUCUGAUUAGCGGUGCACCUCAAAUCACUAGAGAUGGGUCUUUUGGAAGGGGAAUUCAACUGAUUUUUUGCAGUUAAGAAGAAAAAAGCUUGGUAUUUGUCUCA